CCAAAUUUCCCCAAUCAGUCCCUCCCCUGUUCAGAAUCAGAGUUUUUCUCCUCCCAAAUCCGUCGCGUUUUCAGCACCGGCGAUUUACAGAAUUCAAGCAUGGGACGGUCGAGGACAGGGUGCGGGCAAGGGUCGUUCUCGAGUCCAUUAUCGGAGAACGGAAGCUUAGAAGAGGGGAAUUUCAAAGUGGGACGGUACAGUGCAGAGGAGAGAAAAGAGAGGAUUUCGAAAUACAGAGCAAAACGAAGGCAGAGGAAUUUCAACAAGACGAUCAAGUAUGCUUGCCGGAAAACACUCGCCGACAACCGCCCCAGAAUACGUGGCAGAUUUGCUCGCAAUGACGAACCUGGAGACAGCUCCAAACCUUCUUCUUCAACCAGAGAAGAAGACGAAGAUGAAUUCUGGAUGGAACGGUUGCAUGCAGGGGAAGAAAUGUACGGACAAGUGCAGUUUCAGUAUUGUGAAUUUUGAUCGCACCUGGAAGGAGAAGAAGAA